UAAAAAAUAAACAAGGCAGUCGAAUGUGUCGCUGCAGAGCAAGCAUAGGAAUUUGGGUUUAUUACGCCACUCUUAAAAAAUCCCGGGUCAUUCAUUUCGUGUUCCAGUUUAAACUUUGGCCCCGUUAGAUCAGCUACUUGAAUCUUGAUGGGCGAUUAGUUCCACAAGCAUAAUGACGCCCAAACGAAAGCGUCGCGGACGCAGCGAGUCGCGGGCCAAAAGCAAAGGCAAGGACCAGUCCAAGGCAGAGCACUUGGACCUGCUGGAGCAACUGGAGUUAACCGACAGCUGCUGCGACAUAUGCCACUGCGACUGCUAUAGCUCCCACAGCGGCGGUUCCGUGAGUGGGCACGGAAUUCAGCGGCAGGAGAGCGUCAAGGAGUUGCUGCAACUGGAAAACGACAUUAAGACUCUAGAGCAAUUGCAGCGACGGGAAAGUCUGAGCUGCAAAAUUAGUUCUAGCAGCCAGGGCCACCGAAGUGCUUCCAGAACGUCAACCGAGCGAAAGGUUCCCCACAGCAGGCGGGGAUCCUUCGACUGCCAGAAAACAAUUACAAGCUCAGGCAGGAGUCGGCGGUCAAAAAGCGCAGGAAGUCGCAGUUGCGAGUCCCGAGGGAAGCAGCCUACACAGAAAGUACAACGAAUACCUCAGGAUCGUCGAAGGCGCCGUGCUCAAAAGGAUUGCAAAAUGCUUCAAAAAUUUUUGGCCCCCCUCAACGACGCACCCAACCUCUCUAUCAUCGGACGAGCCAAAUCCAAAUCGCAAGAAAAUUUGGCUGUGGUGUCAUGCCAAGCGCAGGUCAAGAAGAGCUCGUUAAGCAGCUCGAUGGCCAACUUGUGCCUUGCGCCAAUGGUGCGAGCCGCAUAUCAGCAGGUGCCCAGUCACGACCAGAAGAUCCUCAACUGCAUGGCGGAAAAACGGAGGCAACAGGCCGCCGACAAGGAGACGGCCUGGUUGGCGCGGAAGUUCUGGGAGAACGAGCGGCUUGAGCGGCAGCUUCUUCAGGUGGAGCAGCUGGAAGCUUACAAGCAUGCGGUGCACGACAAACAAUUCCAGGACUACCUUGUGACCAAGGCGCGACUGCAGACCUUGGCUGAGCGCGAUCUGGCAGAGCUCAAACGAUUGCGAGGAGCCCUUAACGCCAAGGACGCUGCGGUCAAGAAGCGGCUGGAGGCCAGACGGCUGGAGCGAGACCUUAACAUUUCGCAGAGACGGUGCGAGGAGUUGCGUCGCAGCGAGGCUGUCACCGUGCAUCAGGAGGAGCAACACCUGGACGACACGCUGCGUAAGCGCGACAUCUGCAUGCGGCUAACGCAACGCCUGCGGCGGGCGGACGAGUUGCGUGGCCAGCUGUUGGAAUCGUACCUCAAGCGUAUGCAGCUCGACAACUACAUGGAGCAGCUACAUCACGAGGAGCACUGGCGGGAGCGACAGCAGGAAGAGCGCUUGCGCAGGGAUCAGCUCCGCGAGGAUAUCGAACGCAAGCGCCAUCAGUCCCAGCGCUUUGUUGAGUGUCGCCAACGGCGCCAAAAUGAUCGCUUCCGUACCGCCAAGAUCUCUGCCAGCCUGCGGGAACUGGUGCGCCAGUCCGUCACACCCGAGGGCGCUGUUAGUGGUUCGUUGGGCCAGGAUAACCCAGCGCUCAACUCUUAUGUCCAGCAGCAGAUAAAGCUGGGUCGCCUGCUCUUUGAGCAAUCUGGCAGGGAAUAGCUUGUUCGGAAGAUACAUUUUUGAUGGUUAUGUACAUAUAUACAAAUUGUUGCUGGUUGUACGUUA